UCACGCUCGUUGCUCCUCUCGUUUGAAAGUUAUGGGCAGUGCCGUGCGUAAAGUUCGGCUCCGCUAUAAGUAUGUAUGGAGCCUAAUUCUUCUCUGCUAUGAUAUAUCGUUUUCCUGAAAUUCACUUCAAGCAGCACAAAAGUGUACACCAGGGUGGAUAAUACAGGAGAACAACAACAACAACAACAAAAACGGCAUUUUUAUGGCAUCAUUUGCGAAAAACGUCAGCUGCCAGGAGCGCCUCGAUGUCUCCGAAGGAUCUCCCACAACAUCUGCGAUCAUGUUUUCCGCCGGUGUCCUUGGAAACGUGGUCGCAUUAGUUCUCUUGGAAAUACGGCGGAGGAAAAAACCCGCGUCUUUGUUCCAAGUCCUAGUCACAUCUUUGGUCAUCACAGAUUUGCUGGGAACAUUCUCCGUCAGUCCUCUGGUUUUAACUGCGUACUUGAGGAAGCAGUCUUUGCUCGGGAUGAAUGAAAAAAAAUUCGUUUGCGGGCACUUUGGAUAUGCAAUGACAUUUUUCAGCUUGGUCACUCUCGCUAUUCUUCUCUCCAUGGCCGUGGAGCGCUGGCUCUCCUUAGGACAUCCUUACUUUUAUGAGAAGCGCUUGAGUAAACGUUGCGGGUACAUCACCAUAGCUCUUAUUUAUUUGCUUUGCGCUCUUUUCUGUAUCACGCCUUUCUUUGGUUUUGGGAAGUAUAUUCAAUACUGUCCGGGGACGUGGUGCUUCAUUGACAUGAACACAUCAGAGACCAAGCAUAAAGUGUUCAAUAUCAUCUACGCGACUUGCUUGCUCGUGAUGAUUGUGUGUACGGUUUUGUGCAACGUGUCCGUCAUCUAUCAUCUUUUACUAAUGUUCCGAAGACGCAAGGCGCACCGGAGCUCUAUCCGACGGCAGCAAGGUCACAAGAGGCAUCGGUCCAUCGCGAAGGAGGUGGAACAUCUGGUACUGCUCGGGUUCAUGACCAUAGCAUUCGUCAUUUGCUCUCUUCCUCUUGUGAUUCAUCUGUACUCCGGCCAAAAAGAUAAAAAUGGUCUCAUACCCCUUCUUUUCGUAUCGGUCAACCCCAUCAUAGACCCUUGGGUCUUCAUCAUCCUCAGUCCCCCGGUGCCUCGCCUGCUCUGGGACAAGAUAUGCAAGACCAUAAAGUCCAAACCCACACAAGAGAAGGUCCGCAGCAUUCAUCCAGUCCUGUUUCAGAAAAGCCCUCCUGGAGAUUCAGAAGGAGGCAGUUUCCUGAAAGUUUACACAGGAAUUCCUGGAUCCGCUGGCUCCUGAUCUCUAAAACUUCCCUGUGUUGGUGGGGAUGACUAUGGAGUGAUUGCUCACCCAUAUUACGAAAAUAACGUAUGCAGAAGUCUCAGGACACUGGAUGCCUUAACAGCUGGACCUGAGACCUCAGGGUGACUGAGCUUGGUGGUAAUGUGCCUGUGAUGUCAUGGAGAAUAUACAAGAUUAUAUUUUUUUAGAAAAUUAAAUGUAUUUAUUGUCUUUAUUUAAAGAGAGAGAGAAAAAUUGUUGACUUAAAUGGAGAGUCGUGCUACCUGUUUCAACUUUAUGGGGAAUGCAGUUCUCAUUCUUUGUUUGACUUUCAUGCUUCAUCAGUUUUGUUUUCUAAACACCACUGCAAAUAUAUGCCGGACUGAAUCAUGUCACAGCAAGCCAUUUCACUUCGAAAAAGUCAUUUGGAGGGGAGUUGAAGCACUCUAAACUGAGGAAAUAAAAGUUGAUGCAUCAAUCAACUGUUUUGAAUCAGUCAUGUUCAGGGGUAUUCACUUAUAUGUUUGAAUCUCCUGGAACUCAAAUCGAUAGUUCGCCCCAAAUAAUAAUUAUAUCAUGAUUUACACCCUCAUUUUGUU